GUUCUAACCAGUGUAUGUUAGCAGCCGGCAUGCUUUACAGUGACAUGAAUCAGUAAAACCCACCCACGUUUCCAUUACUCUGGCUCAACAAUAGCCCAUUCUUAUUCUCCGAGUGGCCAGUGAGGUACAAGACAGCAUGGACAUGGUGAUGAACGUAACGUUGGAUGAUGAGACUCUGGAAAUGCUGGGCAGUGCUGUAAUCAGAAUCACCCUCCCCACUGUUUACCUAGCCAUCAUCUUUAUCAGUUUACCUGGCAACGGAAUCUCCCUCUGGCUACUUUGGUUCCACACCCACCCAAAGACUCCUUUGGUCAUCUUCAUGAUCAACCUGACCAUUGCUGACAUCCUACUUGCUUUUUUCCUCCCCUUCCAGAUUGCAUAUCACUUGAACGACAAUAACUGGGCCUUUGGCAAGAGCCUCUGUACAUUUGUUACCACCUUGUUUUAUGUCAAUAUGUACUGUUCCAUUUUGACAAUGACUUGCAUCAGUGUUGAGCGCUAUAUUGGGGUGGCACACCCAAUGUGGUACACUCGAGGGUGGAAAAAACCACAUGCAGUGACUAUUUGUUUUGGGAUAUGGUUAAUUUUAAUCAUAGUUUUGUUGCCCUUGGAAUACAGUGAUUUAACAUUUGAAGUCCAGCCACUCAACAUUACAACUUGCUUUGAUGUUCUUAAAAGAGACAUGCUUCCCAACAAUAAUGCAUGGGGGUUGUUCCUCUUCACUCUGUUUGUAUUGCUGUUUCUGAUCCCAUUUACCAUUAUCGUCUCAUGUUACACACUAGUAAUACUAAAGCUCUCCCAAACCUCUCACAUCGCUCAAAGUGAGCAGAAAAAGCGAGCUAUUUGUUUAGCUGCUAUUGUGCUCUUGGUCUUUGUCACAUGCUUUGCCCCCAACAACAUCACUCUCUUAAUCCACAUUAUAUGGAGACUUCUGUAUGACACAGGAUGCUACACAGCCUAUAAGCUGACCCUGUCACUCAGCUGUUUGAACAGUUGUCUCAACCCAUUUAUUUUUUGUUUUGCUUCAACAGACUUCCAAAACCUUUUCCACCGUUUAAUAGGUCGGCAACAGUCAUUCAGUCAAACAGCACAGUAGAGGUUCUGACAUUGAGAUUAGUCUCCAUCUGGAGUUUGCAAAAUAACUGGCUUUAUCAAGGGACCAAGUCCACUAUUCAGGAAAAUCUCAAAAAUAAAUCUCCAAGAUAUUCCCUACAUGUUAAACCCACCUAUAACUGGGCCAUGAAGACUCAGCAAGAUUUUGGUUUUCUUUCAGUCCAUUGAGUUGGUCUGUCCAUUGUACUAUAGUUGGUCUCAACAACAAUGGAUUAGGAGGGAAGUAUAAGAAGGAUUUUUACUCCUGGCGUAUUGUUCUGUGUCAGCCCUGGAAAGCACCCACAUCACCAACACCUCAUCUCCUCCCACUCCCUCCCACACCCUCCCACACCCUCCCACUACCUCCCACACCCUCCCACACCAACCCCUGCCUCAUCUCACUCUGUGAAUAGAACCAAAUAUGGACCUGAGAUCCAUCAAGAAUAAUCUGCCAACGUUUAUUCUCUAAGCUCACAUAGACUGAGUGAAAAUUUGAGGGAGGGACAUUAUGAGGUGUUCUGAAAGUGAGAAUAUUGGUAAAGCAACGAAAGGAAACAAACAUUAAAUUGUUUUACCAGUUGCUGCAGGUAUUCAUCUGGCUAGUUGAAUACCUUUGAUUCUGAGUGCUUCCACCGAAGAUUGUGACUGUAUCAUCAAGGAGAGUUACAUCAUCAGAGUUCCUGUUCAAGAUAUACAUUCUAUAUAUCCCACCUAGUCAAGACAGAGAUUAUUAAGUCAUCAAAGGAUAUGGAGAGAAAACAAGAACAUGGCAUUUAGAUAAAGGAUCAACCAUAAUCAUUCUGAUUGGUGGAGCAGGCUCGAAGGGCUGAAUGGUCUGCUGCUACUCCUAUUUCUAGGGGAUACGGAUCAUAACCAGACAUAUCGAGUUAGAUCACAGAUCAGCUAUGAUCUCAUUGAAUGUUGGAUUGGCUUGAGGGACGGAAUAGCCUAUUCCUGUUCUGAUGUUCCUCAAUUCCAAUGUUUCAGAAGAUCCCCACUGCCCGUUUGUGAGGAUGUUAAAAAUUCUUCAACACUCUUUGUGGAAAAGCAGGAAUGUCCUCAUCAUCAUUCCA